UGGCCCGGCGGUUCUCCGCGCGGCGGGCGCGGCCAUGGCGCAGCCGGGAAAGCUGCUUAAGGAGCAGAAGUACGACCGGCAGCUGAGGUAUUGGUUCAUUUACAAUUAUUGAUGGAAAUCAGGUCAGCGGAGAAGAUGCUGGAAAUAAGUAUGUUCUAUUCUUUUCAAAUACCUGCAUGUUAGGGAAGGCAGUGCCUUGUCAUGGGAGAGCAAGGCCUGAAUUCCAGCUUCAACUCCUCAAUCAGGGUGACUUAACUUCCAGGUGGAAAUAGUCCCUAUGCUUAGGAUCAUGGCAAGGAUGAAGUGAGUUAAUAUAGGUAAAGUGCUAGCACAGUGUCUGGCAAAUAGGCCUUUAGUAAAAGAUACCCAUCAUUACUGUCUUUAUUGUUGUUAUUAAUGAAAAAGGGUAGUCAUUAUUACUUUAUUUGUGAAAUCUGGAUCCUUCCUGAGUCCUUAUAUUGAUUCCUAGAUGUUAGUAUAUAAUUAACAAUAAUUGUAUUUUCGGAUUAUAAGAUAGUAAAAGCUACCUUUUGUUUGUGGUGUCUUCUAAGCUUAGUCCAGGUAUAUCUCUUUCUACACUACACUGUCUGUAAAAAUGCUGUUCGUUUUUUUUUUAAUAAAUUUAUUUAUUUAAUUUAUUUUAUUUUUUUGGCUGUAUUGGGUCUUCGUUACUGUGCACAGGUUUUCUCUAGUUGCGGCGAGCAGGCAUUACUCUUUGUUGCGGUGUGCAGGCUUCUCAUUGCGGUGGCUUCUCUGGUUGCGCAGCACAGGCUCUAGGUGCGUGGGCUUCACUAGUUGCAGCCCGCGGGCUCUAGAGCGCAGGCUCACCAGUUGUGGUGCACGGGCUUAGUUGCUCUGCGGCAUGUGGGAUCUUCCCGGGCCAGGGCUCAAACCCGUGUCCCCUGCUUUGGCAGGUGGAUUCUUAACCACUGCACCACCAGGGAAGCCCUAAAAAUGCUGUUUUAAAGAUGGCCUGCAUAUCAUUCUUUAAAGAUGAUCAUAUUUAGGCUUUCAGAGCAUUCCCCAAUUUGGAUUUCAUGCUUGCCUUUUCAGGGACUUGGAGUCUGGGGUCUCUCAUUAUAUUUGUCAGUAAACAACAACAAUGAGUAAAUAGAAGGGAAAUCAGAAUUUGGUUCACAUUGAGCUUUGUUAUCUUUUCUCUGGGUGGUAAUACAAGUUUCACUACCACAACACCCUUUUAUUGGUAUCUAUAAAGAAAAAGUCCUUUUAUCUUUGCUUGCUUGGUUGAUUAGAACAGAAUGAGGUUUCUUUCUCUUGUGGAGCUGCUGAGCUUGUGCUCCAGGGGUACCCUGACUCUGAUCAGCAGACUCAGAUCUGGACCUUGGGGCACAACAAGGGUAUGUGUGGGAGGAAGCCUGAAUAAAUCUGUUAUAGUUACCUGCAAAAGCAGACUAUUCAAUGCAGCAUUUCCCAAGUGUGGUCAGUAGCUGUUAAAUGGGCAAAUGGAUUCCAUGGUCAAAUGAGUUUGGGAAAUGGGUCAAAUGAAACUAAACAUUUCUUUAGUGUAAGACUUCAACAUCAUGCGUAUUACAUAUAUUAUGAAUUUCCAAGAGAGAAUAUAACAUAUGUUGUUUCCCAAACUUUUUAAAGCCCGGGAACCCUUUUCUCAGAGCAUUUUGUGAAAUUCAUGUUCUGUGGUACAUACUUUGGGUAACAUUGAUUUAUUAGCCUGUCUUUGGUUACAAGUUUCAUCCAGCUUUCUUCCUCCAGGAAGGCUGUUACAGUCUGAAAUUAAAAUAUAGUUUGUUUUAAACUGUGAAUGAAAUGCACCUGGUAUUACAAAUAACCUUUCCUUUAUAGUCAGAGAAGCCAUUAAAUUUGUUUUUAUUCUGUUUUAGUUUUUUCCUUCAGAGAAGCAGUAUUGGCAAGAACCGAGCUCAAGCCGCCAUGGAAUUCUUACAAGAAUUAAAUAACGAUGUCUCUGGGAAUUUUGUGGAAGAGAGUCCAGAAAACCUUCUAGACAAUGAUCCUUCAUUUUUCUGUAGGUUUACCAUUGUGGUUGCAACUCAGCUUCCUGAAAGUACAUUACUACGUUUAGCAGAUGUCCUCUGGAGUUCCCAAAUCCCUCUUUUGAUCUGUAGGACAUAUGGACUAGUUGGUUAUAUGAGGAUCAUUAUAAAAGAACAUCCAGUAAUAGAAUCUCAUCCAGAUAAUGCAUUAGAGGAUCUACGACUGGAUAAGCCAUUUCCUGAACUGAGAGAACAUUUUCAGUCUUAUGAUUUGGAUCAUAUGGAAAAAAAGGACCAUAGCCACACUCCAUGGAUUGUGAUCAUAGCUAAAUAUUUAGCACAGUGGUAUAAUGAAACAAAUGGACGAAUACCUAAAACGUAUAAAGAAAAAGAAGACUUCAGAGAUUUGAUUAGACAAGGAAUUCUAAAGAAUGAAAAUGGGGCUCCGGAAGAUGAAGAGAAUUUUGAAGAAGCUAUUAAAAAUGUGAACACAGCACUAAAUACAACUCAGAUCCCAAGCAGUAUUGAAGAUAUAUUUAAUGAUGAUCGCUGCAUAAAUAUCACCAAACAGACUCCGACAUUUUGGAUUUUAGCUCGUGCCUUAAAGGAAUUUGUGGCCAAAGAGGGUCAAGGAAAUUUACCUGUUCGAGGCACAAUUCCUGAUAUGAUUGCAGAUUCAGGCAAAUAUAUAAAACUGCAAAAUGUUUACCGUGAAAAAGCAAAGAAAGAUGCUGCUGCUGUGGGUAAUCACGUUGCCAAAUUGCUUCAGUCUAUAGGCCAGGCACCAGAGUCCAUUUCAGAGAAAGAAUUAAAAUUACUCUGCAGCAAUUCUGCAUUUCUUCGAGUGGUGAGAUGUCGAUCCUUAGCUGAAGAAUAUGGCUUGCAUACAGUUAACAAGGAUGAAAUUAUUUCCAGCAUGGACAAUCCAGAUAAUGAGAUAGUAUUAUACUUAAUGUUACGGGCUGUUGAUAGAUUUCAUAAACAACAUGGUAGAUAUCCAGGGGUAUCUAACUAUCAAGUUGAAGAAGAUAUAGGCAAGUUGAAGUCUUGUCUCACUGGCUUCCUUCAGGAAUAUGGAUUAUCCAUAAUAGUGAAAGAUGAUUAUGUCCAUGAAUUUUGCAGAUACGGAGCUGCUGAACCACACACCAUUGCUGCAUUCUUAGGGGGAGCUGCUGCUCAAGAGGUUAUCAAAGUAAUCACCAAACAAUUUGUAAUUUUUAAUAAUACUUACAUUUAUAGUGGCAUGUCACAAACUUCAGCAACUUUCCAGUUGUAGAAUAAGUACCCUAUAGUGUGUUAGUGAUUGAAACUGUAAUUGCCUUCAGGUUGUGCUCCAGUCUGUAAAGUUCUGCUAAGGGAGAACUGUUAAGUUGUUUCCUUAAUAAACAUUUUUCUCAUUUGUAAUAA